AUGGUUUUUGAGGAGAAACCUGCCACAAUGUCCGGAAAAAUGAACAUCAACCGCCACCUGAUGAUGUUUGGGGUCAAUCCUGCAGCAGCUGCUUACGCAAUGACAACUCUUGGGUCAGGCAUGAUAAACAACAUUUUCAGCUUUUAUUAUGUCAAACUCUUUCUGAAUAAGUACAAAAUAUCUGAGGGGGCAUUCCACCAAUCACAAGUGGUGUACAUGGUUUGGAAUGCGGUUAAUGACCCUCUCUUUGGAUACCUGCAAGACAACUCCAGGGUGCCGUGCUGCUCCCAGCGGCGCCUGUCCAUCCUUUAUGGUGCUCCCCUCUACUCACUCGCUUUCCUUCUUGCCUGGUUCCCAUGGCGAUCCUAUGCCCCUGGCGACUGGCUGAGUGGCUUACAUUUGACGGUAGCGCUGUGCGCUUUUGAUGGCAUGCUGACUUUUGUGCUGCUGGCACAGUGUGCCUUGUUUGCAGAAAUUUCCAGCCACCACCAGAACCGAUUAAGACUUAUAAAGUACAACCAGGUGGCUUCUCUAGUUGGUUCCUCAAGUGUCCUCUUCUGUGGAGUGCUGUCCAACAACAUGGAGGACUUUACAGCCUUUCAGGCAUUCACAGUGGUGACUGCUGUUAUGAGCUGUGGCUGCAUGCUCUAUACAGGCUUCCACAGCGAGAGCCGCUUCGAUGACAAAGCGUCUGAGUCACAUCCUCUGGGGUCUGUAGAAAGGGCUCCCUAUGAAACAGCAUGUUCCUUCUCCAUGCUGAGGACGUUGACAUGGCAGAUCCUGACCAACAGAGACUUCCAGCUGUUUGUCCUCAUGAACUUCUUCCAGGUGUUCAUGUUGGCGUUCUUUAACAAUUUUACCAUGAUAUUCACAGAGCACCUGAUUCCUCCAGACGUGCUUCCAUCACUGGCUAAAAGCAUCAUGUAUGGGGCGGGAUUCAUCUGUCCACAGCUGUUAGUACUGAGCAGUCAGAGUCUUCUACAUGGUCAUGGCUACUAUAGGCUCAUCCUUUACACAUUCUACCUGGAGGUGGGAAUGGCAGCCAUUAUGUUCAUACUUGGUCCUCAGCACUACUAUAUCCUGGCCUUUUUUCUCACUGUUAACAUGAUUAUAAUACAAGCAGCUUUCAGUCUCUUUGGCCUGCCUCUUGCUGACAUAAUUGACACAGAUCUGCAAAAGUACAAGCGCAGUUCCCCUCUCUCCUCCAUGGUGUUUGGAACAAACGCUCUUUUCACAAAGCCAGCUCAGUCCCUGGCACCAAUGAUAGUCCUUAAUAUCCUGAACCAGUUUGGAUAUGAACAGCUGAAGGAGGAAGGGCAGAAAAUAAACCCAAGUACUUUGGAAAGCCUGCACAGUAUCAUGUUCUACUUGGUGUCUCUGGUCCCGAUGGGUGUUGCUGCUCUGCAAGUCCUGGCAUGGAGGCCGUUUUCCAUCCGCAACAGUCACACAGUCGACACAAAGUACAUUGAUGGCUAACGUCUAUAUUCUCAGGAGGCCAGAAAUGUGCUGU